AUGACCUUCCGGAGCGGCUCGUUCCGUUUAGAUGCCAUGUUGAGCUCUCAUGAGCUCUCGGAGCGACUAGCUUUCCAUAGCGGCGGCUCGUCGGCGCGAUCACAAAAAAUCUCUAAUCCGCGCGACCGCCGCUCGUUGUUUACCGAGCCGUUCUGGCGACAACAGCACCAGGAGCAGGAGCAACAGCAGCAGCAGCAGCAGCAGCAGGAGCAGCAGCAGGCGCGGUAUGACCGAGAGCAGCAACGUUUGGAAGAGCGGCGCCAUGAGCAGGAGGAUCAAGAGCAGCGGGAUCUUUAUCAGCAGCAUCUGGAAUCGACGGCUGAGAAGCUGCGGAGGGAGUUGGAGGCAAUGCUAGUCGCAGAUGUAGACAGAGAUGCGACGUUCCAGCUCAAGCUCACGAGCAAGCUGGACCAAUGGCACGCUUUUCAUGAGAGAGCGACAAGAAGGCUUCCUGGUUUUGCGGAUGGCCCUGGGCCUUCAACCAUCCAACCCGCCAACGUCCACCCGCUGGAGGUUGACCAAUCUGCUGAUGCCACGUGUCCAUCCGAGCAAGCAGCGUCUUUUCAUGCGGCCGAAGUGCGUACAGCAGAAGCCGAGGCUCGGGCAGCAGAGGGUGUGGCGCGGGGAGCAGAGGGGGAAGCGCGGGCAGCAUCGGGUGAAGCACGGGUGGCAAAGGGUGUAGCGCUAGCAGUAGCAGCAGCUUUUGAAACACGAGAGGCAAAAGCAGCGGAAUUAGAGAAUGCAGCAGUCGUUCCAAAACAGCUGGAAGCAGCAGCAGGUACUCGAGAAGCAGCAUAUGAAACGCGCGAGGCCAAAGCAGCAGAUUCAGAGAAUGCAACAGUCGCUCCAAAACAGCUGGACGCAGCAGCAGUUGCUCGAGAAGCAGCAGAUUCAGAGAAUGCAACAGUCGCACCUAAACAGCUGGAAGCAGCAGCAGAUGCUCGGGAAGCUGCUCUGGAGGCAGCACUGCAGGUGCAACGAGAGGAGCUAGAGGCCAAGGCAGUAGUGAUACAGGAGUUGCAGGUCAGAUUACACGCAGCAGCAACCAGAGAGGCGGGCUAUGAAGCGACUCUGAAGCUGCAGCGAGAGGAGCUUGAGGCGAAGGCUGCAGAGGUGAUGGCGGCACGGGCAGCGGAAGUAGCAGAUUUGCAGCAGCAGUUAGACGCUGCAAUUUCUCGCGAGGCAGCUUUUGACGCGUCUUUGAAGCUGCAGCGAGAGGAGCUAGAGGCGAAGGCAGCAGAGAUACAGGACCUGCAGGAGCGGUUACAGGAAGCGGGUAUUAGAGAGGCAGCUUUUGAUGCUUCCCUGAAGCUGCAGCGAGAGGAGUUAGAGGCGAAAGCAGCAGAGGCAUUGGCAGCACAGGCAGGGAUGGAGGAGAGGAAGCGCGUGAGGGCUGCAGAGGCGGCUGCUGCUCGGUUGGCGGAGGUGGAGGGGCGGUUAGGAGAGGUGGAGAGGGAGAGAGAGCGGUUGGCGAGGAAUCUGGGCCGGCUGCAGCAACACCUGCUGGAUCGGGAUGCUGACGAGGCGCUGCGUUUGGAACGAGAGGCAGAGAGGAUCCGCCAGCUGGAGUGCCAGCUGGCGGAUAAGGAAAAGGCUCUCGGCCAAUCAGAGUGCGAGAGGGUCGUAUUGGAGCGACAGCUGGCGGAUAAGGCGAGCCAGCUCGGCCAAUCGGAGCGGCGGAGGGUGCAGCUGGAGCAGCAGCUGGAGGAGAGGAGCAGGGAGGUUCGGGAGGCUCGGAUGCAGCUGGCUCGGCUGCAGGCUCGGGCCGAGCCUGCUGGACAGACGACGCAGAUGGGUUUGCGAGGAGAGGGUGGGGUUGUAAGGGCAGAGGAGAAGCAGGAGAGACAAGGCAUGAGCAGAAAAGAGGCGUUACCAGAUGUGGCACCAGGCUCGGCAACAUGCUUGGGAACAGGCUUGGCAACAGGCACGGUACCAGGCGUGUUCCCGGAUGUGUUACGGCAGGUGCUGGAAGCGGCUCAUCGGCCAAUCGUCGCGCGUCAUCCCAUGUGCAUGCAUGCUGGGAUGCUGGCGAGCGAACCUGGUGUGGCUGAGACAGGGCGCGAGUGUGAGGUUGCAGCUCUGGUGGAGGAGAAUGGGAGGCUGGAGGCGGAACGGGCUCGGGCAGAGGAGGAGAGGGCGAGAGCGGAGGAGAGGAGUGCGAGGGCGGAUGAAGAGAUGCGUGUGCUGCAAGGCAACCUGCAGGAGGCAGAGGCAUUAUGCUGGCAAAGGCAGGCUCAGCUGGAGGAGGCGUUAUCUGAGGUGACAGCGGGGAGGAGGGAGAGGGGGGCGCUAGAGGAGGAGCUGCUUCGGCUGCAGUGUGCGCUGGACCAGUGUAUGCUGCGACUCAAUAGCGAUUCUGCUUAUAUGGUGGACAGGAGAAUCGUGGUGAAGCUGUUGGUGGCAUACUUCCAACGCAACCGCAGCAGAGAGGUGCUUGACAUUAUGUGUCGCAUUCUCGAAUGCUCCAAGGACGAGAGGCAGCAGCUAGAAGCAGCAGCUUCCCAUCCCCCUCUCACCAGAAGUGCCAGCUUCAAAUCCAAGGGGAGCGUGCGGCAGGGCGGCAGCAAGGGAGGGGUUUUUGGGCUGCCCGGACGGAUCGCGGGCGGGCUAUUGGGGGCGAGUAGAAGCAGUUUGGAAAAUUCUGGAGGGGCUGAAAGGGAUUCUCAGGGGCAGCAAGAGGUGGAAAAAAAUCCAGAGGCAAGAAAAUCAGGGUCCUUAACUGAUCUCUGGACAAAGCUUGCCACCCAGGUCUCCAUCCCACCAACAGCAGCACAUGUACCAACAGCAGCAGGCAAUGCACACUAG